GAGUCCAUGCCAUCGACAGGUCAGGGUAGCAGAUAACCAGGAGUUGAUACACUUGAGCUUAAAAACAACAGUUAGACAGCCCAACGUGCAUUGCUAGUUUGGAAUUUUCAAAGACUCUACAAUGGAGAAGAAACGUACAAUGGAGAAGAAAAUUAUUAUUGUAACUGCUGUCCCUUCUCUGGUUAUUGUCGUCGCCGUUGUGUUGGGAAUCACACUGGGGAAGACAACAUUCAAGCAAGAAUUUGAAUACAGGUGUUCCAUGUUCGAAAGUAGUAAGAAGUACAACUGUACAGAGAUAUGGCAUGAGUUUGAAAAAGCCUAUGUGAACCAGGACCCUUGUAAGAUCCCCAUGAAUGCCUACGACUCUUUAGUUGCUGCGGCGCCCUUUGAACAUGCAUGCAAAAAAACGAUGUUCUGGAGUAAAACAAAGAAUCUGGUCCAUGACUUAACUGAGAACAGGGAUGAUGUUGUCGCUUUGGAGGACACUCUGCUGGGAUCUGUGCUGGGUGGUCUGCACUGGUGUGGAGAGAAGGGCAACAGUGACACAUUCACUUCCGGCUGCCCAGGGUGGAAUGAAUGUGUGAACCCUCGUCGCUCUUUUUGGAGCAGAGUCUCAACUGCUUUUGCAGAUUUUGCCUGUGAUGAUGUCACAGCAAUGCUAAACGGAUCCAUCGACACACCAUUUGAUCCUGAAAGUAUUUUUGCGAGCAUCGAGGUGAAGAGGUUCAACUACCCCAGGGUGAAAAGCCUGAAUGUUGUUCUGGUCACACAGAACAAAACUGUGACAAACUGCACUAACGCAUCUUUAAAGGAUUUACAGAAAUAUCUGGAUCAAGGGAUAACAUAUAACUGCGAGGAAGUGACUGAAACCCAGAUCCAGGACUGCAGCUCCCAUCCAGAGAAACCCUGUGGAGCCUGUUGGUGAUGACCUGUGAACUCAAUAUCAGAAUAUACUGUGU